UGUGACUGUGCGCGUUAUCAGGAUUUAUCUGUUUUCUCUCUGCUGGAUUCUGGAGUUUUACUGUAAACAGAAGCGCUGUUUCUGUGCUCGCGUGGUGUGUCCGGUUUGAGCGAGACCCCGCUGUUUAAUACAUUUCCCAGGUUUCACUCUGAGCAUCAUGUGACUGCGGAUAAACAGGCCAUUGGGUUUUUGUCAUUGUUUUAUCCGCCUAUGCGCGGCGAGGAUACUGGGCAGUGUGCGUUUAUAGUGACCCCUGUCUGUUUCAGUAGCAGGCUAACGCUAGCUGUAGGUUAGCUGCCCCAGGGAAACAGCGCUGUUUCUGCCCAGGCUGGAGCUCGGAGAGCAUGGGGGGCAGAGAGAGCACCACCAGGAAGGUCUCCUACGGGCUGGACCAGGAGGAGAAGGUCACCGUGCUGCAGGGGGUGAAGUUGUCUGAUGACGUUCUUCAGAGAAUGCGGGAAUCAGGGAGUCAGUCUUCAGAAAAGUCACCACCUCCAAAACCUGGCAGUCAGAAGACAGAUCCAGGACCAACUAGACCUUCUCCAGCUGAGAUGCAGGAGGAAUUAAGAAAACGGUUCGAGCGUGAACAGGGUUUGGUGAGGGAGGAGUUGGCACGGAUGGCACGCAGAGAGAAAGAGGCCGGGGCAGAUGAUCUGAAACCUGCUGUGCUCAGAGAGAGAGCCAGGACAAGAGAGGAGCUGGAGAAAGCACAGAACCUGCAGCCAGCUGAGCUGAACGCUUGGAAUUGUAGAAAUUGCAGAAAUCUAGCCUGCCUGCGCCUCGCCUGUGCUCUGCUUGCUCUCUUCAUUUUAAUCAUUUCUUUUCUGUUCUUUCUGUGCUUGCUGCAAAGGUCUAUAUGUGCUGGAUGGCUUUGUAAGGUAGCAUCAGUCCCUCUCAGGUACAUCUUGCUUCAUACUUCAACUGCACACAAUGUGCCUAGGUUCUUGUUGCCAUGCAAUUGGUACAGCGACUUGUAGUUUAAUUUCUGCCUCAGGGCUGAUCUGAGACCAGUUUGGAAUAGCACCAGAACAUGUCCUACUUCAUAAGAACAUGACAGCUGGUCUCAGAUCGGCCAGAUCUUCCUGGACCGUUCGUUACACACCUGACAAAGCAUCACUGAUCACAUACAGAAAAUCCAUCACCUCCCAAAUACCCUCAACAUGGCUCUCGAGCCUCUUUCACACUGCAUUAGUUUUGUCAGUUGUUCAGAUAUUUGGUGGGGGAAUUGUUUCAUUUAAAUCUGGUGGUGAAUGGUGUUCAAGAAGGUUGUGGCAUGUGAGUCGUGUAGAGCCAAAAGUGUUUGCAGCAAUUUGAAGUAGUAGUGUGAAGUGAGGCAUAAGAUCAUAUUGGAUUUCUGAAAACAAAAAUAAGAACACCUGGAAUACAGCUCUGUUUAAUGGAAAGUGUCAAAGCAGGUGAGAUUACAUGGCUAUAAGCGUC